CUGUACAUAAAAAUGAUUGGUGGCAAAGUAGGCGAUUUGUCGUUCGCGUGAAUCAGAAGCGAUAAGCACUGCAGACGUAGGUAGCGCGAUCAGGCCGUGGCUGAUGUCAGUCCGCGCCCCGACCUCUGACCGCCGAGUCGCGCUAUCGGUCACACAGCCUUCAGCUAAUUUAUUCCGAUACCUACAUCUCGGUACUACCUGCAAUGGAUACCAUCCCAUUACUGCCUCCGAGCUGGUUACAAAAUAUUAUUAUGACAGGCAGUAGCAGCGUUGGUGGCGUCAGCUCCAUGGCCGGCGGCCUGUACCCCCAGAACAUGGUGAUGGGUUCCUGGUGCGCCCCAUACGACGCACUGCAGCGCCCUCCUGCAUACGAUGGCGGUCUGGAAUCUUACGAAGAGGGUCGUGAGUGUGUUAACUGCGGCGCCAAUAACACCCCGCUGUGGCGCAGGGACUCCACGGGGCACUACCUGUGCAACGCAUGCGGCCUCUACCACAAGAUCAACGGCGUGAACCGGCCGCUCGUCAAGCCCAGCAAGCGGCUGUCGGCUGCGCGGCGCCACGGGCAGUGCUGCACCAACUGCGGGUCGCGCAACACCACCCUGUGGCGGCGGAACAACGAGGGCGAGCCAGUCUGCAACGCCUGCGGACUCUACUACAAGCUGCAUGGUAUUAAUCGGCCAUUAGCAAUGAGGAAGGACGGGAUUCAAACAAGGAAAAGGAAACCGAAAAAGUCUUCUAAUGGAGCUAAAUCCGCACAAGAAAGUUCCAAGAAAGAAGGACAAUGUUCACCCGGUGUUGAUGAAAGCAAGCCAAGCGUUUCAGAAGUGCCAUUGCCUUUAACGGCAUCCAUGGCUAGUCAUGGGUCCCUCUCAAAGGCCCGCGCAGAGGCACACUCGUCGGAGACGUCCCCUCACGCGCACUCCCACAGCCAAGGGCACGGGCACACGCAGUACCCCCUGGGCCUACCCGCGGCUCCUGGCUUCCUCUCCAACCCUUCGAUCUUCAACAUUAAGAGUGAGCCAAACGCCCCCAACAGCUACGACGGAUAUGCGACUCACUCUGGCAGCCAUUACCACUCGCAACAGCACUACUUGCACGCAUUACAGUACGGCCUCGGUAACAGCGAAGAAGAGGAAAGCAGCGGGUUUCUGCAUCAGCGCAACGUGACCGCGCACGCCAAGCUCAUGGCCUCCACGUAGCGCUCUCCGAGCCUGGCCACUGGACAACGACACUAAAUCAUAGCUACACUUGCAUACUAUCUCAUUUAGGUACGUUUAAGUUAUUAAACUCUUUGCACUGCCCUUACAAGGUUGCGAAUAAUUCCAAUUGACUGUCGUACUUAUUACAUAAUAUGUACAGUGUACUCAUAUUACUUUUUGUGUUAGAUAUACUUAUGUAGAGAAUAGUGAACUGUUUAGUUUAAACAACAUCAGUUCAUAGUGUUCAUACGCAUCUCUGUGAAAAACAGAUAGAGAGAAUAACUAUGUAGGUUAUUAUAGCGGCACGGUAAUGAAUGUCUUAUAAACGUAUCCUAUCUAUGAGUAUCUACAUACGAGUGUUAGUACUGUAAGUUUUUAGAAUAUAUAAAUGUCAUAAUACCCCCCUGAUCUCUGAUUUAUAGUAAUAGACAUUGACAAUCAAUGUCUAUUACUAUAAACACAGUAGCUUAGCACAUCAGGCGGAGUAGUAAGAGAAGUGAGUGGACUGUAAUAUAUGUAUACGAAUAGGUAGGUACCUCGGUAGUUUGUCACGAAAAUAUUAAUCGGUAAUCGUUUUAAUUUUACUUUCAAUUCUAUAUGCAUACCUGCGUACUUUCUUGCUCGCCACGCCUAAUAAACAUAUGAUUCAUUCAAAAACUCAAUAACUUUUAUUUUUAUAUUGAACAUGCCGUGUUAGAAUGUGGGUCAGAUCUGUAAUUUAUAUUGAACAUGCCGUGUUAGAAUGUGGGUCAGAUCUGUAAUUUAUAUUGAACAUGCCGUGUUAGAAUGUGGGUCAGAUCUGUAAUUUAUAUUAAACAUGCCGUGUUAGAAUGUGGGUCAGAUCUGUAAUUUAUAUUGAACAUGCCGUGUUAGAAUGUGGGUCAGAUCUGUAAUUUAUAUUAAACAUGCCGUGUUAGAAUGUGGGCCAGAUCUGUAAUUUAUAUUAAACAUGCCGUGUUAGAAUGUGGGUCAGAUCUGUAAUUUAUAUUGAACAUGCCGUGUUAGAAUGUGGGUCAGAUCUGUAAUUUAUAUUAAACAUGCCGUGUUAGAAUGUGGGUCAGAUCUGUAAUUUAUAUUGAACAUGCCGUGUUAGAAUGUGGGUCAGAUCUGUAAUUUAUAUUCAACAUGCCGUGUUAGAAUGUGGGUCAGAUCUGUAAUUUAGUAGAUAGAGCCCGUGUAAGCUAACUUGGACCCACUUGAACAGAACAAAUUCAGGGAAUGAACAUGACAUUAUAAACGGCAUAUUCUCAUAUAAAUUAGACAAUAAGCAUGCCAAUGCCACACUUUGUCGUUGCAAAUGCCAUACAGUGUUAGCUUGGUCCAACUCUAGGUACACUUACCUACGUAACUUGAAUGACAAUGCAAUGUUUGGGAGAUGGUGGAGACCAAAGGCAAAGGUGGCCACAGGACUCUUGAUAAAAGAAAAACAACUUCAUUGACUUCAAGCUUGUCAGAAUCGUCUGAUGUUUGAGUUUCUACCAAAAAUUACUGUUUCAUCAAAAACUUUUGAAAUGAAAUGAAAUGAAAUAUUUAUUUGCUUAAACAUGGUAAUUACAUACAGAUAUUAUAAAUUAAUUGAUUUAGUAUCACAUGUUUAGCCAAAAAAUGGCAUGCAAAUUUAAAACUAAAUAAGAAUUUUUAAUACAAUUUCAAAAUUAAUAUUAAAAAGCAAUUUUAUUAAAAUGAUUAAUAUAACAUGCAAGUCACAUAUUUUUUUUAUAACAAGUCACAUAAAGUUUAAUAGUACAUACAUUCAAGUAUAUUAUUUAAUAAUCCAUUAAGUAUUAUAAUUAUAUCUAGUCUAGUGUCUAGUAAACAGAAUCAUUCAGAAAAUCGUUUAAUGAGUAAAAGCAUUUGUCUUUUAGCCAUUUGUGUAAUCUGGUGGUAAAUAAUUUGUCAGGUAAUUGUCUGAUUUCAUAUGGCAACUUAUUGUAUACAAGAAUACUCAUUACAUAGCAGUUAUUCUUAAAUAAAGAGGUGUUACAUAGGGGCAUCUGUAGCUAAAAUUCAUCCCUGGCUCCUAGUCUAUUGUUAGUAGAUGACGGUUUAAAAUAAUGUGGAAGUUUCCGUACUAUGCACCCUAAUUCUAGUAUGUAAGUACAUGUCAAAUAAGGUUAGCAGUCCAUGUUUCCUAAACAAAGGUCGGCAAGAGUCUCUCGGCCUAGCUCCGCAUACCGCUCUAACACACUUUUUUUGAAUCAAGAACGCUUUAUUAAUAUCUGUUGUUGUGUCUAUUUUAUUCUCGCAAUACAGAAGGUACAAGUUUAAAUUGGGUUUCCAUUGUUACAAGCGGUUGUUAUGCGUGACAAAGCGGCGCUCUGGUACGUAGAGUAUUUUUUAAUACAGUUGCUUAAAAAUGUGCUACUUUACGUAGCUGUUUAGCGUGCGGAAAGUUGGUUUUCGCGAACUAGUGCUUUUUACUUUUCCAAUUUUUUUAAAUUUAUACUUGUUCCAAUUCAUGACUACUUAUUGAUGACUGGCACCCUGCACUGGCACUAGCAUGACUGAUGAGUGUUAAUAUUAGUUUCCUUUAAACGUCGUAACCUACAUAAAAACCUACUGUUAAUGUAAGAAUACGAUUUUUUUUUCAACACACUUGCUCGUAACAUGGAAGUUAUUGAACCGCUUUUAGGCUAAUAAUUCUAGAUAUUAUUGCUUUUUAAUUAUAUUAUACGAGUAGCACCUGUGUGUAAUGAAUGAUAAUCUGACUGAGUUAAGAAGGUAACCAAUUCCUAAUAACAUGUAUAGAAACGGAGCCUUCUUAAUUGGUAGAGUAAUUUUUUUUAAACCAACUAUUAUAAGUAAGCGAUCAAACAUCAAACAUUUAUUCAGCAAAUAGGCCACAGGGGCACUGUUACAUGUCAAUUUUUACAAGCAAUAAAAUUAACCAAAAAUUACAAAAAACAAUUACACAUAUCGAUGGAAUCAAUAAAAUAUUAGAUACUUUGUCAGAGAUGUAUCCAGUCUAAAUGUCAAAUUACACAAAAAAAAAACUAAUAAAAAAUAUACAAACAACAGACAAGUACUAAAAUUGUUUAGAGAUGUAAAAGUCUCUAGGUGUCAGAGAUAAAAUAUAUACAAUAAUAAAAAACGAUCAUCAAAUUAUCCUUAGAGGUGUAAAGGGUCUCCAAGACUUGAAUAGUUAUAUAAUUAAUAAAAAGACAAGAUAUUAAAUCAGACAAACACAGACAAGAACCGAAUGAAGUGUCUCACUUAUAACGUAACAUGAAGACCGUAUAAACUUAAACAGACCGGUCUCCACAAACAGCACCCGUUCACGAGUAUGACGCGUAUCUCAGCCAUCGCCUCCCUCAACCUUUAUUCGGGAAAGUGGCGACCCGAUCAACGACGCCACCGUAAGCAAAGACUUUAAAGCGAGCAUGACAUGUUCAAGCUGCCGGGCUGUAUUAAUAUAUAUAAAGUAAA